CGUUUAACAGCUGCGCUCAGAGGGUGACAUUCGGAGCAUCGUUGUAGGAGUAAAGUGGCGCGGACCGAACAAGCCCAACUUCGGCCUCGGAGGACGUGCUAGAUUGGACGUGAGGACCCGCAUACGAGCGCGCCUACCCAGCCCGCCAGACAGGACAGCGGUCGUCCGAUAAGCGAUAACAGGAAGACAGGUUGUCGUCGAGGCCGCCGAGGACGCACGCACCGCUCUCGCCAGCCGAGGGAAAGCCACCCGAGACUCCCCGCCCUCUGCUGACGGCUGCCGCGGCGUCGAGGAAAGAAGCGUUUCCCGGUCGACCACGAUGUGCAAGCGUAUCGUUGGCUGCUUCCUGGUCGUAGGCAUCGCGACAGCCCUUCUGGUCGGCUUGCUCAACCAGGCACCGGACCCUUUCAAGGUGAACAAGACCGGCUACUGGGGACCGGCCAGGAUCAAGCAUGUGCGCGCGGCUCCUGAGGAUGACCCCGUGAUUCGCAAGUUCAGCGUCCACAUCCCCGACGAGGCUCUGGCAGACCUGAAGUGGCGCCUCGCAGCAACCAAGCUGGCACAUCCCUUGCAAGACUCCAAGUUCGCGUAUGGCUUCAACGCGCUGGCGCUCAAGUCCGUGGUGGACUACUGGAAGGACAAGUUCGAUUGGAGGGCGCAGGAGAAGCGGCUGAACCAGUUUGAGCACUAUCGCACCGUCAUCGAGGGCAUCCAGGUGCACUUCAUGUACGCCAGGGCCAUGCCCGCCAACGCCCAGACAAAGGUAUUCACCUUGGUGAUGACCCACGGCUGGCCUGGCUCCUUUGUCGAGUUCCUCAAGAUCGUGCCCAUGCUGACGCAGACCAAAGACGGCGUUGCCUUUGAAGUCAUUUGCCCAUCAAUACCAGGCUACGGUUUCUCGGAAGCACCUCAUAAACAAGGUUUCAACCUGCUCGAAACGGCGAGGGUAUUCGUGAAGCUGAUGGACCGUUUGGGAAGAGACAAGUUUUACCUCCAGGGAGGGGAUUGGGGUUCAAUGGUGUCCAGGUUUAUUGCCACCUACUACCCGGAGAGGUACGUGAGUUGCAGACUUUUCUAA